AUGGCAGCGCCCGUGGGACCGCUCCCGCAGCUCAAGCUGCCGUCGGGCCCGUCGCCCGUGACGGCCGAGCAGCGGUACUGGCGGACCUUCAAGAACCAGGUGCUGGUGCCCUCGCCGACGAGCUACCCGGUGACGCACAUCUCGUGCACGAGCGACGCCUUCGCAGUGACGACGGGCACGCGCGUGCAGAUCUUCUCGAGCCGCACGCGCAAGCUCGUCAAGACCAUCACGCGGUUCGGCGACAUUGCGCGCAGCGGCGAGAUGCGCCGCGACGGCAAGGUGCUCGUGGCGGGCGACGACACGGGCAAGAUGCAGGUCUUUGACGUCAACUCGCGCGCCAUCCUCAAGACGUGGACCGAGCACAAGCAGCCCGUCUGGACGACCAAGUGGUCCCCCACGGAGCUGACGACGCUGCUCAGCGCCUCCGACGACCGCACCGUCCGCCUCUGGGACCUGCCCAGCACGACGGGCCCGACGACGACGUUUGUCGGCCACAGCGACUACGUGCGCUGCGCAGACUUCAUGCCCGGCACCACGGCCAACAUGGUCGUCUCGGGCAGCUACGACGCGACCGUCAAGCUGUGGGACCCGCGCAUCGGGAGCAGCUCCGCCGUCAUGACCUUCAAGCACGCCGACCCCGUCGAGGCCGUCCUGCCCAUGCCCUCGGGCACCACCGUGCUCGCCGCCGCCGGCUCCUCCGUCAGCGUGCUCGACCUCGUCGCCGCCCGGCCCCUGCACAUGAUCUCCAACCACCAGAAGACGGUCACGUCCAUGAGCCUCGCCUCGGGCGGCCGCCGCGUCGUCACCGGCGGCCUCGAGGGCCACGUCAAGGUCUUUGAGACGACGGGCUGGAACGUCGUCAACAGCACAAAGUACCAGUCGCCCAUCCUGUCCGUCCUCGUCAUCCCCGACACGCAACACCAGUCUUCAACCACGGAGUCGACCGACCGCCACCUCGCCGUCGGCAUGCAGUCGGGAGUGCUGAGCGUGCGCACCCGCCUGACGGGCGCCGAGGCCACGAGAGAGAAGGCGCGCGAGAAGGAGAUGGCCGCGCUCCUGGGCGGCGACAUCGCCUCCUUUGACGCCAAAAAGUCGAAGCGCAAGCGCCGCAUCGAGGCCGCCAGUCGUCUGGACCUGGUUGGCGAGGGCGCCGACGUGGUCAUCGCCAACGACGGCCGCAGCGCGCGCAAGAGGGAGCUCCCCUGGCACAAGGACCUGCGGACGGGGCACUUCUCCCGCGCCCUCGACCAGGUCAUGGACAAGUCGGCCAAGCACCACUCGUCGCUCAACACCCUGCAGGUGCUGCUCGCGCUGCGGCACCGCGGCGCCAUGCGCGAGGCCCUCGAGGGCCGCGACGAGCAGACGGUCCAGCCCGUCAUCAAGUGGGUGUGCUCGCACAUCUGCGACCCGCGCUACGUCAGCGUCUGCGUCGAGGCCGGCCUGCACCUGCUCGACCUCUACGCCGAGUACGUCGGCGCCUCGGCCGAGCUGCACGAGGGCUUCCGCACGCUGCACCGUCGGGUCAAGGUCGAGGUCGAGCGCGCCCAGGUCGCGUGCCAGACGGGCGGCAUGCUGGAGAGCCUGAUGCUCGGCGUCGCCUGA